AAUAAAUCACUUCAUUCCAAGCUCUUCCCGCUGUUUUGUUUACUCCGGGUCUUGUCAAUUCAAUUCAAUUCAAUUGCUUUUCUCUCAUAAAGGCAUCUUAGCGCAAUUAACUUGAAGCUCGUCCACAUUAUCAUCCACUCUUCAAGCUACUCACGUUCCUGAAUUUGAUCAAUUGAACGAUAACUACAAAAAUGGAGCAUCCAGUCAAGGAAAUUGGCGGCGUUAUCAAGUCCCUCACUCAGGGCAGCCCUGAUGUCCAAGAAUCGACACUGAGAGAAUACUUUCUCCCCAACGCCUCAUUUUCACACCCAUACUGCCGUGUUCCUUCUAUUUCGAAAGGACAGAUCCCUUUGGCAGGAGGCCUUGAGUCCAUCCAGUUGAUACUGGCCAUCUAUAGAUGGUAUCGUACUCUAAGUCCACACAUUGACCUCAAGGUCGAUUCAGCAGCCUUUGACCAGAAAAGCGGUCUUCUAUACGUCUCCAUCCGUCAGACAUUCGCGCUCUGGUUCAUCCCUCUGUACAAAGCACCUGUGAAGCUUGUGUCUGUUCUACAGCUUACACAACUCUCACCAGAGUCAUCAUCAGAAGACGAAGGACCAGAGGAUAGCGAGCCGCGUCGACAAAACCCGCGCUACUACAUCGCCAGUCAAGAAGAUCUUUAUCCAGUGAAUGACUGUAUUCAAUUCCUGUGCCCUGGUCUUGGUCCCUUUUUGUGGACUAUUUGGCAGCUCUACAGUACUUGGCUGUGUGUAAUGGGAUCUUUGUUGUUCUUGCCUGUGUACUUUCUGCUCAACGGUAAAUCAUCAAAGACGAAGAAGAGAAUUCCCAAGUUUUAGCUUGGGUUUAUGAGCGGGUUUGAAAGACGGGUUUUUGAGUUGGGGCUUUAUAGAAUACGCUUUAUGACACGACUAAUGACGGCGUAUUGGGCUAUUGUAAUGGGUUUGGGUCAAAGAUGGGCAUGGGCGUUUUUGUUUAUGUGAUUUCUAUCGACGUUCUUACAGCUCAAGAGCUACCGGGAAAUAAUGAAAGUAUUUGCUUCCGCGCAAUAUCUGUGAUCUACUACCGUAUGAUGAUAUGUAACUCAUCCGAGAGCAAGCAACUGUUUGUCACUCUUCUC